UUGUACCAAGUGCAAGUCCUCACAUAUACAGUCGAUCCUGUCAAGCUUUUCAAGGAGAUGUACCGGGUGCUGAAGCCAGGGGCCAAACUGUCGUUUUUGGACUAUGUGCAGCUGCCUGCCUUCAAUAGCUCGAAUCCAAAUCAUCAAGAGUUCUUGCGGAAGGUCAAGCCCGUCUUGGGAGCAGUAUGGACACCCAAGCCCUCCGACUUCACUGAGCCCCUGAAGAAGGCCGGAUUCCAGAUUCUUUCCAGUGAAGAUGCCAGCGUGGGUGGACACCAGUACCCUUUGAUUGAGAAGGCUGAGACAUUCUUUGUGGCCACGCAAUGGCUGCUCUCCAUGUUGACGAAGAUGCACAUCAUUCCUUCCCACUUCCUCACGCUCUUUGAGCGGCUUACGAAGGAUGGUGAGGCUUUUGUAGAGGCUGACAAGAUGGGGCUCUUUACAACCAGUUGGCAGAUUAUUGCACAGAAGCCAGAACAAGCAAAAAUGUAGCACCCGGACAACUGUGGCUCGCUUGUUUUCACAAGCCUGGUGCCCUGUCGGUGCAAUGUACCAGAAUUGCAUGACCUUCUCAGGACGAUGUUUAUAUUUGGAGUUCUGCACGGCGGCUGAAGACAGAAUUCGUCGAGUUUUCCCCACCAGCCAAUCGCUGCAGAGUUAUAAGUUAUGAUGUUCUGAGACGUAGUUUUUUUUGAGCAACUGUGCACAACGCACAUCAAAGAAACUGUUGGAGAGGGCCGGAAAGAUUUGAGCAACAUGUUCGGCCGCAACAAAA